CAAACUUCACUGAACUUAUGCCAUCAGAUGGCAUGUUACUGAGUUUGAAUUCAUUUAGUGAUUCAGUCAUGGUUCAGCCCUGAAGGAUUAAAUUUUGAUAACAAUAAAAGUGGAAACAUCAUCAUAAUCAACCAGAUAGAUGAAAACCACCAGGGAUUCAAGUAGAUAUAAACUAUUUUAAACCAUAGCCUACAUGUUAAAUAAGAAGGCUGAAGUGAAAUAAUUUGUUGAAUCUGUCUAAGUUGACUUCUAGAACAAGCUAGGAGAAAAUGUCAAGUGAUAAAGAAAUCAUAGUACCACUGAACAGCUUAAAGGCAUUCACCAUACGAUGCUUGGAGAAGGUUGGAGCUAAAGCUGAGCAUGCUGAAAAUUUAGCGGAGCUUAUUGUUGCAGCCGAUCAUAGAGGGCACUACAGCCAUGGAAUGAAUCGUCUUGAAUUCUACAUGCAAGACUUAAAGAAUGGCCACAUUUGUGUAGACAAAGAACCAGAAGUAAUUCAGCAAACUCCAGCCACAGCUCUUGUGGAUGGCAACAACUGUUUAGGUCCUUCAGUUGGAAAAUACUGCAUUGAUCUUGCUAUUGAAAAAGCGAAGAAUAUUGGCAUUGGUUGGGUAUGUGCGAAAAGAUCUAAUCAUUUUGGAAUCGCUGGCUGGUACAGUAUGAGAGCAAUGAGCCAAGGACUUAUUGGAAUGGCUUUCUGCAACACUUCUCCUAUGAUGAUUCCAACUAGAGCCAAAAAAUAUACUUUGGGAACAAACCCUAUCUCAGUGGCAGCUAAAGGUAAUAAUGGAGAAGAGUUUGUUCUUGAUAUGGCAACAACAAGUGUUGCCCUAGGCAAGGUUGAAAUAAAAAAACGCUUAGGCCAAAAUAUUCCUAUAGGAUGGGCGUUGGACAGAAAUGGAAAGCCUUGUACAGAUGCAGAGGAAGCUCUCUAUCAUGGGGGGCUUUGUCCAUUGGGAGGCCUAGAAGAAACAAGUGGUUACAAAGGCUAUGGGCUUGGAAUGAUGGUGGAAUUAUUCUGUGGUAUUUUGAGUGGUUCCAAUUUUGGAUCUAAUCUCAAAGUGUGGUCUGAGCAUAGCUCAGAAGCUGAUCUUGGACAAUGCUAUGUUGCUAUUGAUCCAAAAGCUUUUGCGCCUGGCUUUGAAGACAGAUUAUCCAGUUUGAUUCAUCAGUGUAAAGACCAAGAACCAGCUGAAGGUGAAUCUGAAAUUUUAGUUCCUGGUGACCCAGAAAAUCAGCAUAUUGAACUUUGCACUAAAUUAGGAGGCAUUCCUUAUCAUUCAAAACAGAUUGAAUUUGCAGAUUAUAUAGCAAAAACAUAUGACAUCCAGCCGCUAGAAAGGUUAUAACUUGUUUCUAUGCUUAGACAUUCCACAGUGGUAAAUGUUACAACAAUUUCAUAAUUACAUAUAGAUUCUAAUUGUUGAAUAAAUAAAAAACAAAAGAUUAAACUAUUUCUUGUGAAAUCUUGUUAUCAAAUAAAUAAUUUAAAUUAUAUAGAGCGUCAAUACAUAAAUGUGCUAAAAAUCUUAACACUGGAUUUAGUGCAUUGGAGAGCGAUAUAAAACAACUUCUGUGAAGAUUUGUGGUCCACCAUUUGUCUGAGUGGCCUUGAUUUGUUUGCUACUUAACCAGAUUUCUUUAAUAAUAUGGUGUCAGGUGUAAGCUUUGUGAAAUCAAAUUAAAACUGCUUGUAAAAGUUGUCUAAUAAUAAAAACAUACUUUAAAU